AUGGUUGUACGAGAACUUGAACUAGUUAAGCCUUCAAUGAUGCUGGAUACUCUUACAAAAAUGCCGCCGGGUUUAGUACCUUUUUAUGACAAGAUGAUGGAGAAGGUUCAGGAGCAACCACAGGAGGAUGUUCAGCAGUGUAUCCGGAUGCUCUCGAUGCCAACUAUCGCUUACCGACCACUUACCUUGGAGGAGCUGGGGUCUCUGUCACUGCCACAAGCACACACAAGCACCCCUCACGAAGGUGAUGUGAAGUGGUACAUCGAGAGGUGCAGCGCUUUCCUGACUGUUACCGAAGAUGGAUUCGUACAUCUUCUGCACCAAUCGGUCAAAGAUUAUUUCGCACACUCGCCCGAGACGACACUCGGUUCUUCCCUUGCUGCGCUCCAUCACGAGAUGGCAUUGAAGUCCAUAGCCGGGAUGCAACGGACCUUGCGAAGGAAUGUCUACAACUUGGAUCAUGACGGGGCGCCGGUGCCGACCCGCAGUCCAAACCCAGAUCCACUGGCAUCGGUUCGGUACUCGUGCAUCAACUGGGUCAACCACCUCAUUGAUAGUAGUAGCAAUCCCGAAGAUUUUGCCGACCACGGGCUCGCUGAUCGGUUUCUGAGGAGUUCCUUCCUCCACUGGCUAGAGGCUCUCAGUCUGUUGAGAAACUUGUCAAGCGGAAUCACAAUCCUAUCCAAUCUCUUGUCUCAACUUCAAGUGAGUCCUAAAGCCUCCGUUGAUUCAACAGAUACUGACGAUUACAAGGCAACGGGAGAGUCUUCUCAAUUCUUCGACCUUAUCCGAGAUAUGCUUCGGUUCGUGAGAUAUCAUAAGCAUGCCUCAGGCGAAGAGUGCUGGCCUGAAUGA